UAAUGAAGUUCAUUAUUUCAAUGGCACUAAUCCACUCUCCCACCCAUUUCUCACGCUUUAUCUUCUCAUUCAAUUUUUCCUUAUUCUUCUUCCUCACUUCAUCUACAUUGUUGUCUUACUUUUCGAAUAUUUUCCGGUUCUAUAAUCAUUUCGAAAUAUGUCUUCGGACAAGGACAGAGAUACUCAUGUUUACAUGGCUAAGCUUGCUGAACAAGCUGAACGUUAUGAAGAAAUGGUGGACUGUAUGAAACAAGUUGCAAAGCUUAAUGUUGAGCUCACUGUUGAGGAGAGAAACCUGCUUUCGGUUGGGUACAAGAAUGUAAUUGGUGCCCGGAGAGCUUCUUGGCGGAUAAUGUCAUCCAUUGAGCAGAAGGAAGAGUCCAAGGGGAAUGAGCAAAAUGUUAAACUAAUUAAGGGGUACCGCCAGAAGGUGGAGGAUGAGCUCUCCAACAUUUGCAAUGAUAUUCUUUCUAUCAUUGACAAGAAUCUGGUUCCCUCUUCUACCUCCGGAGAAGCUACUGUGUUUUACUACAAGAUGAAGGGUGACUACUAUCGAUAUCUUGCCGAGUUCAAGACUGACCAGGCAAAGAAAGACUGCUCUGACAAUUCAUUGAAAGGCUACGAGGCUGCUUCUGAAACUGCAAGUAAAGAACUCCCUUCAACGCACCCAAUCCGUCUAGGCCUUGCUCUGAAUUUCUCCGUCUUCUACUACGAGAUAAUGAAUUCCCCUGAGAGGGCUUGCCAUUUAGCUAAACAAGCUUUUGAUGAGGCAAUUGCAGAGCUCGAUACCUUGAGCGAAGAGUCCUACAAGGACAGCACCUUAAUUAUGCAGCUGUUAAGAGACAAUCUCACUUUGUGGACCUCUGAUUUACCCGAGGAUGGAGGCGAUGACAACAACGCUAAAGGAGAAGAAUCUAAAUCCGAAUCUAAACCUGCAGCAACAGCUGAGACUUGAUUUAAACCUAAAGUGUGGCGACACUCCUAUCAUGAAGUACUUGGGAAUGUGUCCUUUGUCUCGGGAUUGCAUGGUAUUCUAUUGGCAUCUUGCAAUGAUAUCAAUAUAUAAUCUUGGGAUCACAAAUCAGAUCAAAGUUAGAUUCUUCAAUUUCUCUCAAUUUGAUUAUGCUGUUGAUUCUGCUUUUAUAAUUAUUUCACUGCGGCACAGCCACUUCACGUUUAACUGGUGAUUGAGAUCUAAUUAUGUCUCUGCUCUAUCUAUUACGCCGUUUCUCUUGUAUUUACCUAGGGUUUGUGGUUUAAAAUAAUCAUGACCUUCAGCUAGAUAAAAUCAUAGCAGCUCCUUCCCUUGUGGAGAUAAUAUUUGGAUGUAUUUUAUGACAGUUACUUCUGUUGGUAUCAAUAGAGACUAAUGAAGUUUAGUCCAUACUGCCAAACGAAGCUAGUUACGAACUAUAUCAAAUUUUAACUGAUCUUUAAUAAGGAA